GUGACACGACAAGCGAUGGAGCAGACGGGCUCCCUUGGAGACGUUGCCGAGCGGGACAGCUUCGUUCGUGAUGAAUACGCUGCGUGUCAGCAUCAACAAAAAAAAGAACGCUUCAGUCUGUGCAAUACGCUCAAAUCGGUAAUAUGCGGCCAGUUGGCAUCUGUGCUGGUUUGUGGGACGGCGUACUGUCUGCAAGAUAUCAAGUCCGUCCACCGUUCGCGGGAUGCAGCGAAGGACAGCAGCAGUGGCCUCAGCAGCCUUUCCGAAGCAGGAACUGACACCAGCGGGGGCGGGGGAUUGGCAGUUGGAGCUGGAAGUGGAAGCAUCACCAGCUUAUCCGCAACGCUUGUGUUUCCUACGUACGUGAUUAUGUUCCUUAUUUUUAUUCCGUUUUUGGCCUGUCGACGAGGGGAGAACUCGCUACUCAACGUGAUGCGAGGUCGAGGUGUCAAAUAUUUUGUAGUAGCAGCAAUAGAUGUCGAGGCCAACUAUCUCAUCCUUCACGCCUACAAAUAUACGACUCUGCCCAGCGUACAGAUGUUAGAUUGUUUUAGCAUCCCAAUUGUGCUGGCAUUAUCAUGGCUAUUUCUAAAGGUUCGCUACAAAAUUGUCCAUAUAAGCGGUGUCGGGAUCUGUCUGUUGGGUAUCGGCUCGCUUGUAUGGAGCAACGUCCUAGAGUACAACAAUACGACUCCACAGAAUCGUCUGUUUGGAGAUAUGCUGUGCCUAUCUGCAGGGGCGCUUUACGGCGUUUCAAAUGUCCUGCAGGAGUUUACGGUUAAAGCAUUCUCAGGAAGUGUAGAAUUUCUUGCCAUGAUUGGCCUCUUUGCAAGUGCGAUAAGUGGGAUACAGAUGGCAAUUUUGGAAUUGGAUGCGGUACAGAUAGCGCUUUCGCUACCGCCACCCCAACAGCUGCCACUGAUUGGAUUCUGUUUUUGUCAGACUCUGAUGUAUCUGUUUGCUGCUAUUGUUAUUGCCAAUUCGUCUGCUACAGCGCUCAACCUUUCCCUAUUAUCCGCCGACGGGCUGUCACUUCUCGGUUAUUACUACAUACUCAAUAAGACCUUUGGGCUGCAUUAUCUCUACGUCGUAUCUCUGUCAUUGGUGCUAACAGGCGUCAUCCUGUUCAAUGUGGCGCCUACACCCCUUGGCUGUCUUGUAAAUAUCCGUUUGGCCAACCAGCAUCUGCAUUCACGGCUCAGCGUGGCCGUCCAACUAGACCCAGACAACGCGGGCGAAUCAGAAACCCUUCAACCAGCAGACAGCUGUGACCAAAGUUUAGCCAAUGGCAAGCAUCACCAGCAUCAUUAUCCGAAUCAUCCUCGGCCACUUCAGUAUGGACAGCAUUAUCAUCUUCACCUGCAUCACCAUCAGAGCGCGGCCGAUACUAUUCCAUGCGGCCGUGUAGCCGAUUACGACCUGCUCAGAUAGUACCGCGCAACCCCAUCCACCGUCGUUGAUCAGCAAUCGCUUGGCCACCUGCGAAUCAACCAAAAUCAACUCUUCCAUCAUCAGCCAGAGCAACAGCAGCAGCAGCAGCAUCAAUGCUCUUAUCCGUAUCAGUAUCAACAGCAUUCGCGUUCUCAUCAUCCUCUAUAUGCCCAUGGCUUUGUCAUUUUACGCGGGGAUGGGAAGGUCAUUUCGACGACGUCAACGACAGGAACAACAGCAGCUGCCGCAACGACGACAGUGAGGACAAACUCAACAGGCGCGUCCGUAGUCUCGAUGACAAAGACAACUGCGGAUAGCAGCUGCAGCAAUAGCAACACUAAUCGAUGCUUCGGUAUAUCGGCGACCCGUAGCGUUAGUGUAUGACAUUCAGUAAUUUCACAACAGUUGACCAACCACAAGAGGACAACAAAAAAAGAAAGGAACAAAAUAUAUAGACGAGAUUUUCUCUUAAUAAUCAUCGUUAGUUCAUUUUCCGUAAAACUCGAUAUGAUCGAGUUCUUUUGUGGUAAGCACGUUAGCUUUAUAUGACGCGGACCCCUUCCAUUCCGGCCUUUGUGAACAAGUCCGUGUGCACUCGGCGCACUUCGUUGCUCAGUGAGGUUUCUUGUGGAAGCAACGGGGGCAGGCGAGACAGAAAGUUAAUGCUCGUUUUUCGAUACUCGAGGUGACAAAAAAACAGCUGUGAAAAUAAAAAAAAAGCCGGAUGCGACCUUAAGGUCGACGACAGAAAGGCUAGGUCAAAUGUAAGAUGGUCAUUUUUCAGUUCAACGGCUCUCAUUGAUAAUGCUCUCUAUAAUAAUUCAGCGCACAUUGCCAGCCAUAACCGUAACGAUAUGAGGAACUGAUUGAUUUCGCGGUUGUUGAAAUCGAUCAUGCAGUGAUUUGCCACUGGAUUCGUUCGUAUCGCGCAUAUCUGUGUGUAGUGGCGUUUUUCUACCGGAGGCAAAAUAUUACACAAUACGUAUAGUCAUGACAGAAAAAUGGUUGAAAUUUUCAAGGGUUGGCAUAAUCCCGAAAAGCUGAUGGGCACAAUCCUCCGCCUUCUGCGCCAAAAGGCCGUGGCGGUAAGUAUUAAUUAUUCGGUAAUUAUAAGAUGAUGUCGUCGUAGGUUAGAAAAUUUGUCACGAUUAAUUAACAACGAGAAUUACAUUAAUAUAAUAGAGUAUUGUGACACCAGAUUCACACAAAAUGUUCAUGUGAUAUAUGACGAUAGGGGCAACACGAAGCGUACGCUAUGACAGAGGCGGUCGCACCGGCUGGCUGACUUCCGGUGCGCCCCCUUUUUCGCGCUGGAAGUCGAACGUACGACAAAUAAUAACGAAAUAAAAUUAUGCGUUUUCCGCAUAACGUAACAAGGGCUCAAAAAGUGAUGAUGGCGUGCGGUGAUAAUCUCCACCAUGAAUGAAAAAAAAAACUAUUAUAUAUUAAGUAAUAACUAAUUAAGGUUAACUAAUAUACAAAGCAAUUUAUAUCACUCCGUAAGCAGAAAGAAAGGGCAAGAUGACUAAUUUUAAAGAUUGUAUAAAUUACCAAAACGGUAAUGCCGUAAUGGUAAAAAAACAAAGACGAUUGCCGCAAAAAGCCAAUAGAAAAUAGCUAAAAUAAAACACAUAAGCUUGGCCAAAACGUUAAGGACGGCCAGACAGAAUAGAUGCUUACUUUUCGUGCUCUUGGUUCUGGGUUGUCAGCACAACGAGAUGAUACUAAACUAUCUAAUAGGAAAAUGACGACCCGUUUGUUGAAACAAGAAAGAAACCACAUAGACGACAAAAUAACGCUAGCUUGUCUGGGAAUCAGCGUAACAGCUGGCAUAUAUUCUUAAUAUGAACAAACAAAAGCUCCUAGCGAUUGAUGACUAUUGAAUGUAUGACUGAGCGCUAAUGCUGAUAAGGAAAAGAAUACCAAAAAGGCAGACGGAGAAACGUAUGAAUGUGAUGCUUCAUAAUGAAGUGUAUUACGGAUGAAUAAAUUUUCUUA